AUGCUUCGAACAUUCAGCGCUAAUCCUACGUGUCGCCACAUUAUUUUUGGUGGCUGCCAUGAUGCUGGAUAUCUUGUCAACCUCGAACAGUUCAAACACAACGAAUCCAAAGCAGCCUGCAUAACCUUGUUGGAAACUACUGUCGGCAAGUCCGCCGGCGCCGUCGGCAACAUUUCCCUUGCCCCAACUACCAAGACGAACAAAAAGAAGAAAUAUGCCUAUUACAACAAGGAAGAACAGAGAUUGGAUGAGCCGCUACCACCACGUGAUCCAGCUGCUGCUGCAUCGCUGGAGGAACGCAUGAAACGCACCGGAAAGAAGAUGUGCAAUCACUGGCAUCUUGGUGGCCACUGCGACAAUGGCAAACUAUGCCAAUUCCAGCAUGAGCCGAAGCUGACCCCGGGCGAGCUGAAUGCCCUACGCUACAAGACGCGCAGUCUUGCUUGUAAGAAUAGGUACUGUGAGAACAUUGACUGCUGUAAGUUGACCAUCACUAUCGCUACGUUCGCCGCCAGCAUGCACGCAUGA